UCACGCUGUGUUUUCCUUUUCGUUGUUUUCGUUCACCGUUGUGGGGCGGGAGUUGUCGUAUAACUGCUUCCGGGUUGCUGGAUGACCUUGAGCCUUCAGGAGCGAGAUGGCGAUUCUCUGGAGGCUGAGUGUCCUCUGCGGUGCCCAAGGAGGCCGAGCUCUCUUGCUCCGAACCUCAGUGAUCAGACCUGCUCAAGUCUCAGCAUUUCUCCAGGACCGACCUACCCCAGGAUGGUGUGGAUCGCAGCAAAUUCACCUGUCACCCACCCGCCAUUCUGGUUCCAAGGCUGCAUCUCUCCACUGGACUAGUGAGAGGGUUGUCAGCGUUUUGCUCCUGGGCCUGCUUCCAGCUGCUUAUUUGAAUCCUUGCUCUGCGAUGGACUACUCCCUGGCUGCGGCGCUCACUCUCCAUAGCCACUGGGGCCUUGGACAAGUUGUUACUGACUAUGUUCGAGGGGAUACAUUGCAGAAAGCUUCCCAGACAGGCCUUUUGGCGCUCUCGGCUUUAACCUUUGCUGGGCUUUGUUAUUUCAACUAUCAUGAUGUGGGCAUUUGCAAAGCUGUUGCCAUGCUGUGGAAACUGUGACCUUUUUGACUUAAUACCUUGAGAAUUGAUUGUACACCUCUUUGCCUCUGCUCUGUCAUGCCAUUCAACUCACAAUAGGGAGGAAAUAACAGAUAAGUCCAUUGGUGUGACAAACCUCUUCUCCUAGUCACCUGGUUGUUUUUAGAAUUUACUCUUUGAGGAAAAGGUUUGAGAGGAACUGUAUCCAAGAAAUUGUGAGACUGAGUUCCAUAUUCUAGCGAGUUGAGGGAUUGUCUCCCAGUUUCCCACAAGACUCACAGUGUAACUAAACAUUAUAUAUGAGCUUUUGCCUUUUAGUUUAUCGAACUCUUAAAGGGAAUUCACCUUUAUUACUAUCACUACCUGAUCAAACAUCUGUAUUUGUCCCGGGAGUGAUGGAGAAAGGGAAAGACUUUGCAGAAAAUUAGGCAGUGUUUAAUUUUUGAAACUUUCCCUUUCUGUUUAGUCGAUACCAGUUACUGAUGGUUACAUGUUCUAGGGAAACUUUAAAAUUAGGAAAUGCUGGUAUUUCAUAUUACUAAUUUCUAAAUCCUAGGAAGAGCCUGGAGAGCUUCUGAAUAUAGAGAAGUUCCAUGUAGGGAAGAGAUCCCCUUAUAGAUGUAUCAGAUAUUACAGAUGCUAAGCUGAGACUUAAUCCUCAAAUGUGUUUAUUUUACUUGUCCUAAAAUAAUCUGUCCACAAAUAUAAAACUGUAAGUAAUAAAUUGUUAUUUUCCCACUAUGGGACUCACCAAUGUGAAAAUGUAUUCUAUGAAAAUAAAGUUUUUUAAAAAUAAAAUGCUAUAUAAUAAAAA